AAGGAAGAGGAAGUGUUGCGCUGUACAGGGGGGACUUUUACGGUAGCGCUGGGGGCUAAUUGUCUCUCAAAAGCCCGAGGUGCUUGGGUGGAUAUAACUCCUUGCUCUGCGAGAAGAGGCUACAGCGCGCGCGGAGGUGGCUUCUGGUGUGAGUGGGCACGUGUUCUCCAUGCUGGCUUAGGAGCGCCGAAACCAUUCUAAAUGAACUUGAGGUUUCUGCCUGGCUCGCUUUGAAAGGUGUUUUCAGAGAGUUGGAAGGCCUAGCUUGCCGUCUGGUCCAGUCUCUGCCACCGACCUGCUGUGUGUCCUUCGGUCCCUCUUCGAGUCUCAAUAUCCUUAUCUGUGUAUCCUGUGCUUUACUUGAUUGGGGACUCCGAAUCCUGUCUUCGUUCUUCAGUUUAAUCAGACACCAUGGAGGCACCUCCCGUCACCAUGAUGCCUGUCACAGGGGGCACCAUUAACAUGAUGGAGUACCUGCUGCAGGGAAGUGUUUUAGAUCACAGCUUGGAAAGCCUUAUCCAUCGCCUUCGUGGUUUGUGUGACAACAUGGAACCUGAGACUUUCCUUGACCAUGAGAUGGUAUUCCUCCUUAAAGGCCAGCAGGCCAGUCCAUUUGUUCUAAGGGCUCGGCGCUCUAUGGAUAGGGCAGGGGCACCUUGGCAUCUGCGCUACCUGGGACAGCCUGAAGUGGGAGACAAGAACCGCCAUGCUUUGGUGCGAAACUGCGUGGACAUUGCAACAUCUGAGAAUCUCACUGAGUUCUUGAUGGAAAUGGGCUUCCGCAUGGACCAUGAGUUUGUAGCCAAGGGACAUGUGUUCCGUAAGGGCAUCAUGAAGAUUAUGGUGUACAAAAUCUUCCGUAUCCUGGUGCCAGGGAGCACAGACAACACUGAGGCAUUGUCACUCUCCUAUCUUGUGGAACUAAGUGUUGUUGCACCAGCUGGGCAGGACAUGGUCUCUGAUGACAUGAGGAACUUUGCAGAGCAGCUGAAACCUCUAGUUCACCUAGAGAAAAUAGACCCCAAACGUCUCAUGUGACUAAGACAAUCUGUCCACCAUUGGGGCCUGUCUUCGCCUGUUACAAAGAAGACAGUAUAAAUGCCCCAUUUCACCACUGCCAGCCAGGCAUCCUUCCCUCAGGAAGGAGGACAGUAAAAACUUAAUUGGUGCUUUUGUUUUCCUCAUGUGGCAAGUUCACUUUUGUGACCACUUUCUAAAUUAAAGGCUCAGGAAAACAUGGAGAAUCUAUUUAAUCCUUCUGCACAAAUGAGAAUAAAUUAGCUUCUGGAAAGAAAUCUCUUAAUUGUUUUGCCAUUUGUGUAUAAGGUUUAUAAAAUAAGACUGAGCUCGUGUUGUGUGGUAAUAAAGGCUAUAAAGCGAAGUCUAUUUCUGACUGUACCCCUUUACUCUGCUAGUUUGGGAUGGAUUCAUUACCAAUUAGAGCAAAAAACUGAGUUUUUAGCUUUAAUUUUGGUAAAGAUGAUAGUUUUCACCUCUCAUAAAAGCAUAUGUUUGUUGUUGAAAAAUUUUUAAAUACAAAAAUAAGAAAAAAAACCCUGUAAUCCUAUUAUUCAAAGAGAUGUACUAUUUCUGUUUUGGUAUACAAUAUCUUUCUAGUCUUUAUUUUUGUAAAUGUAUGUACAUGAGAUACACUUAUUUUAUAAAAACAUUCUGUAUCUA